AUGCAUCGGAGGACCGGCGUCCAGGCGGUACUGCAACGGGUCAAGUCCGCAUCCGUGACGGUUGACGACAAAUUGAUCUCGUCGAUUGGCAAGGGCCUCCUUGUUCUGGUCGGCGUCUCCAAAGAUGACACGCUGAAAGAUGUCGAGUCGAUGGCUUCUAAGGUCUUGAAGUUCAAGAUGUGGGAAGAUGAUAAGGGAGCGAAGUGGAAAAAAAGUGUUCAAGAUGUGGAUGGAGAAGUCUUAUGUGGUUUGUCGCCGUCUAUAUACAUGUCCGAAUAUGAAAAGUCCAUGGCUGAUCGAAUCCCAGUUUCGCAAUUCACCCUUCUCGCCUCGACCAAGAAAGGCAAUAAACCCGAUUUCCACCGGUCUGCAGCCGGCGACGUCGCCAAAAACCUCUACACGACCUUUUUCCAAAAAGUCCAGAAGCUGUACUCCGAAGAUAAAGUCAAAGACGGCGUGUUCCAAGCCAUGAUGGAUGUCGCCUUAGUGAACGAUGGCCCUGUCACGAUCACGAUCGAUACCGCGCCGCCGAAACUUGAUAUGGCAGGGGAGGGGCCGGUCCAUGCCGAACGGACGAUCAGUGUGGACGAGCUCAUUGAGAAGCUGGAGAAGAUGAACCCGGGUUUCAAGUUUCCGCCUGAGCUGCUUGAGUAA